UACCACACGCCCCCUUCCCUCACUCUGUGCUCUGAUUGGCCGCGGCCCGUCACAUGACCGGGCACACAGCGGAAGCAGAGGGCUCGUCGCAGACGGAAGGAUCACUUGCAGCCAUCAGGAUGCAGAGCACCACCAACUACCUGUGGCUGAUCUCAGACCUGCUGGGUCAGGGAGCAACGGCCAACGUUUACCGAGGCCGACACAAGAAAACCGGCGACCUGUACGCCGUCAAAGUGUUCAACAACCUGAGCUUCCUGCGGCCGCUGGACGUGCAGAUGAGAGAGUUCGAGGUCCUGAAGAAACUCAACCACAAGAACAUCGUCAAGCUGUUCGCCGUGGAGGAAGAGGUCAAUACGAGAAAUAAGGUCCUGGUUUGGGCGUAUUGUCCCUGUGGAGGUCUCUACACGUUUUAGAGGAGUCGGUCCCAAAGCGUUUGGACUCCCGAGGAUCAGUUCCUCAUAGUUCUUCAUGAUGUGGGUUAAGGGACGUGUAUGAACCACCUGAAAUGAGAUUACGGCAUCGUUCAGGGAAUCAAGCCAGGAAACAGCUCAGCGAGGACGUGCGGCGGGCACGGAUGCCGCGCGUACAAAGACCUGACUGUGGUAGCCGCGAUGAUGGACGUGGAGGACGAUCGCAAAACAGUUUGUGGCCUCGACGGCACCGAGGAGUACCUGCACCCCGACAUGUACGAGCGAGCCGUGCUCAGGAAAGACCAUCAGAAGAAGUACGGAGCCACGGUGGACCUGUGGAGCAUCGGCGUCACGUUCUACCACGCCGCCACCGGCAGCCUCCCGUUCCGACCGUUCGAAGGGCCGCGCAGGAACAAGGAAGUGAUGUAUAAAAUCAUCACGGAGAAACCGUCCGGGACCAUCUCCGGACACCAGAAGUGUGAGAACGGGAAGAUCGAGUGGAGCACAGAGAUGCCGGUUUCCUGCAGUCUGUCCAAGGGUCUUCAGAGCCUCCUGACUCCGGUCCUCGCCAACAUCCUGGAGGCCGAUCAGGAGAAGUGUUGGGGCUUCGAUCAGUUCUUCGCUGAGACCAACGACAUCCUGCACCGGGCCGUGGUCUACGUGUUCAGUCUGCAGCAGGCCACGCUGCACCACGUCUACAUCCACGAGUACAACACGGCGGCGCUGUUCCAGGAACUGCUGUCCCGGAGGACCAGCAUCCCGCUGCACAACCAGGAGCUGCUGUACGAGGGCCGCCGCCUCGUCCUCGACCCCAACCGCCAGGCCAAGACCUUCCCCAAGACCUCCAGAGACAAUCCCAUCAUGCUCGUCAGCCGCGAGUCCGUCGCCACCGUGGGACUCAUCUUUGAGGACCCCAGUCCUCCUAAAGUUCAGCCGCGCUACGACCUCGACCUGGAUGCCAGCUACGCAAAGACUUUUGCAGGUGAUGUCGGACAUUUAUGGAAAACUUCAGAGUCUCUGCUGGUUUAUCAGGAGCUGGUUCGAAAAGGAGUUCGAGGUCUGAUGUGAGUUCUUCAGCUGAACGACGCGAUGAAGGAGGGGACCUACAGUGAGAUCCUCCUAAGAAGUCUGAGUUUUCCACUCUGUAAUUCUGACCGCAGAUCCUGGGAUAAGACCGAAAGGCUGUUCGAGGUGCUGAUGCAGGCCAACAUGUUGUCUUCAGAGUACGAUGAGAUCUCAGACAUGCACAAGAAAGUUCUCAGAAUCUCAAGCUCGUUGGAGCCGAUCGAACGAACAACACAAGACAUCAAGAGUAAGUUCAUCCCAGGAGGCCUGCUGACCGACGGCUGGACACAACAAGUGGGGACGCACCCCGAGGACAGGAACGUGGAGAAGAUCAAAGUCCUGCUGGACGCCAUCACAGCGAUCUACCAACAGUUCAAGAAGGACAAAGCAGAGAGACGGCUGCCGUACAACGAGGAACAGAUCCACAAAUUUGACAAACAGAAGCUGGUCCUUCAUGCGAGCAAGGCUCGGUCUCUGUUCACGGAGGAGUGCGCCAUGAAGUAUCGUCUGUUCAUCUCGAAGAGCGAGGAGUGGAUGAGGAAGCUUCAUCACGUGAAGAAGCAGCUGCUCAGCCUGUCCGGUCAGCUGAUCAGCAUCGAGAAGGAGGUGACUAUGUUGAUGGAGCGAGCCAUCAAGCUGCAGGAGCAGCUGCCUCAGAAGGUUCUUCCUCUGGUGUCCAGUGGGAUGAAGUCUCAGGCGUACCUGAGUCAGAACACGCUGGUGGAGAUGACGCUGGGGAUGAAGAAGUUGAAGGAGGAGAUGGAGGGAGUCGUCAAAGAGCUCGCAGAGAAUAACCACUUCUUAGAGCGGUUCGGGACGCUGACGCUGGACGGCGGUCUGAGAGGCUGAGGACAAACGAGAAUCUGAUUGGUUCUUGAGUUCUGUAAAUAUCCCUGUUUAUCCUGUAAAUAACGUGACACGUGAGAUGAAGCGUUUUGUAUCAAUGGUUCCUCCAUACGGCGGUUUGGACCGGUCUGUUCUGGUCCGGUCUGUUCUGGUCCGGUCUGUUCUAGUCCGGUCUGUUCUGGUCCAGACUGUUCUGGUCCGGUCCGUCAGCAGGACGUGGUCAUGGACUCUCAGUAAAAAGACUUGAAGAUAUUUUAAUGUGACGGAGAGAAAACUCGUUAAAUUUCCCUGGAAACUGAGCUGAACCUUGAAAACACUUAAUGAACAAAUGAAUAUUUAACGAAUCAGUUUAAUUAGAUUAUUUAACUUUGACGUUAAUGAUUCAGAUUUUUCUUUAAUUCAGUUUAAGUUGAUUUUAAGAGGUUCAAACAGAAACGUGAUUAACACGAGAAAUUAAUUUAAAAACCUUUAACGGUGAAGAACGUUCAUUUAGAAAGUCUCAUUAAUUAACAUGAAUAAACUCGUGAAGGUAAUUAAAGGAGCCUGUCAUGGUGAAAUGACAUUUGUCUGAACAUGAAUGUUUGUGGGAACAUUUGAAAUAUUUAAAAAUCUCUUAAAAUCUAAAUUAUUAGUUUGUAUCUUUAUUUCUGAACUUUAACGACUUCAACUGAUCUUAAUUAGGAUCUCCUUCAUUUGUUAUUCAGCGUGUUUAAGCAGUUUUCAUGGUAAUUUAAGAGUUAAUGAAAUUAUUUUAUGGUGUUAUUGGAUUAUGGAAAAUCUCUAAAAAUGGACGUGAUGAUUAAAAAGUUUCAGCUUAACUGAGAUUUUCUGAAUUUAUUUAAAAAAAUAAAAACUUUAAACCAUGCAGAUGAUUAAUUAAAAUACCGUAACGAUGUCCCUGAAGGUCUUUAUAAAACAUGCUGUUGCCGGGCAGAUGAUGGUGUAUGGAAAUCUGAAUGCUGAUUACAUUUGAUGUUUAUUUAUUCUACUUAAAGGCCGAUCAAUAAUCAAUAACUGAGUUAUUUCCAUCCGUCAUUGUGUCGUCACAUUUUCUCUCCAGGUCAGUUUAAAAUGCAGAAAUAAAAAAUGCGUCUGUGUCUUCAUGAACGGAAGGUUUCAUGUUUCAAACUGUAAAUAAAAAAUAUCCAUGAA